AUGCCGCUGCUGUUGCUGUUCUUGGCUGCUGCUUUGGUAGUGCUUGCCAACGGCAAAUCAUCGUUGCAAGUCGGGGAUGUUCUCGCAGUAAAUCAAUUCCUAGUCUCGCCAGACAACACUUUUGAGCUUGGAUUUGUCGAUGAUGAAGCCUCUGGUAAGUUCACCUUAGUGAUCAGGUUCCACCACAUCAACUUGAAGACAAUCGUUUGGACUGCACCAGAUGCACCUAGCGUUGCUUUUACUGCUAAUGCUCGCCUCCAACUCACUGCCCAGGGCCUAUUUGUCUCGGACGGCGCCCAACUAAUAACGAUUGCAAAUGUUCCUAGUGUUGCAAGUGCGGAGUUACAGGACAAUGGUAACUUUGUGGUCAUAUCAAGCAGUGGCAGCUGGCAAAGUUUCGAUGUCCCAACCGAUACCUUGCUCACAGGCCAACUCAUCCAAGGCAACAAAGAUAUCCGUCGCUCGGGGAGCUUUAGUUUGUACCUCAACCAAAACUCUAUAGGGUUAAAAAGCUAUGCAGUUCCGGAGUCCAAUUCUCAAUCAUAUUGGGAUGUCCAGAGACCCCCGACUAGUUCCAACAACGCAUCAACGUUGGUGAUGAACUCGACCGGCAUUCUUACUUUCACCGACGGUCAAGGGCCCUGGUACUUUAACCGGGAACAAAACUCGUACUUUUACGUGUUGGAUUUUGGGACUUCAAAGGUGGCGAGGAGACUCACUCUAGAACGCAAUGGAACUCUACGAGUUUACAGCCUUACCCAGGAUAACUCCUCGUGGGAUAUAGUUUGGCAAGCAUUGACAGCUGACUGCAAAGUCUUUGGGAUGUGCGGACCUUUCGGGAUUUGCACAUACAGGCCUGGUCUCGUCUGCACUUGUCCUCCAGGGUUUCACUUCGUGGAUCCUGGUGACCAUUCCAAAGGGUGUGAGUAUAAUGUCCCCUUGAAAAGCUGCAAUGGAUCCGAUAACAGAUGGGUGCGUUUGGAAAGAACUGACUAUACUUACAAUGACAAGACGUACAUCUCAGUCAUAUCCCUUGAAGAUUGCAAGAGCCUCUGCAAAGAGAAUUGUGGCUGCCUUGGGAUAGCCUACAGAGCUGACGGCUCAGGUCAAUGCUUUCUCAAAGGUCCAGAUUCAACCAGGGGACCAAAGCAAGUGAUUUAUAAUGGCUACCAGAUUGCAUCUGGGCAGAAUCUGUUCUUUCUGAAAGUCUCUGCAUCAGAUACUUCCGUGCCAGCCGAGGAUGAUCACAGUUUAAAUCAACUUUUAUAUGUUACAGACAUGGAUGCAACAAACAAUGUGGAAACCUUGUUUGUGAAGGAGGUGGAGGUACCGAUCAAGCAUAAGUUGGCCGUGGCGCUUGCCAUUGCUGAACUUUUAGUGUUCUUGAUUUGUGGAGCUAUCUAUGGACACCACGUCAAGAAAAAAGUAAGGCACAUCAAACAACAAAUGGAGGUUGAGCAACAAGGUUUAGUCUAA